GGCGGCGGCGGAAGCGGCGGCGGGGACGGGACGGGCCGGGCCGGGACGGGACGAGGAUCCCGAGGCUCUCCCGAGGAUCCCACGGACACGGUCCCGCCGCCCUCACCCCGCGCCGGCGCCGCUCCCGGCACCAUGUCGGUGGCGGGGCUGAAGAAGCAGUUCUACAAGGCGAGCCAGUUGGUCAGCGAGAAGGUCGGAGGGGCCGAAGGGACCAAACUCGACGAUGACUUCAAGGAGAUGGAAAAGAAGGUGGACCUGACCAGCAAAGCCGUCACAGAAGUGCUGACCAGAACAAUCGAGUACCUCCAGCCCAACCCAGCUUCCAGAGCCAAGCUAACCAUGCUCAACACGAUGUCCAAGAUCCGGGGGCAGGUGAAGAAUCCGGGAUACCCCCAGUCCGAGGGGCUGCUGGGGGAGAGCAUGAUCCGCUACGGCAAGGAGCUGGGAGAGGAUUCCAACUUCGGUGAGUGGUUCCCAGGAAACGGGGCCUGGAGGCUCCUGAUGGGCUUCCAAAGGG